AUGGAUAUAGAAGUUGGUGAGGAAGAAGGAAGAGUUGGUGACGAAGUAAGGAAGGUUGGAGACGAAGAAGGAGGACCUGGCGGCGAAGAGCGAAGCCCUGGCGGUGACGAAAGCGCAGCUGAGGGUGGCGAACGGAGCCAGGAAAUUGUGAUUGAAAGAGCGGGGGAACAAGUGCAAACAGUUGGAAGAUCAUGGGCAGAUAUUGUUGGUUCGCAGAAUUUAAGUCAAGGAGCUGUACCGUUACCACAUGCUCGGCCCUUGUCCGAUAGAAACUAGAUAUCGUGGGCAAGUGCCUUUAUGUGGCAGAUGUGGCGAAUAUGGCAUCGUGUUGCCACGUGUUCGAAUGAUGUAAAGUGUUUCAAGUGUGGUCAAAAUGGUUAUAUACAGCGUCAAUGCUUCAAGUGUUUUCUAUGUGGCCAGUUUGGGCACGUCAGGGCAGAUUGUCUAGAGAAUCGACGUGACGUGUCCAAUGACAGAGAUGAUGAAACGUCGGAAAGUAAUUUCAGUAACGAUAUCGGUCGUGAUGAAGACGGUAGCGACGUCUCCCGGUCGAGUGAUGAAGAUAUGGACCGUGUGGAAUCGACAAGUUGCAAGGAUCCAGGCGGCAUCAGAGACGAAGUUAUGAACGGGAUAUACAACGAUGCCAGCCAACAUCACCCAACAGAACAAGGAUCUGUCCAAACAGUCGAGAACAACAAAAGAAAAGCAGAAGAGGACGUUUCCAUUCCUGACGAGGGCGUUCAGUUGACAUUUAGCGUAAACAGCACCCAACUGAUCGUCAAUUUACGUGGCAAACCAAACGUGGUAGCAUUAAAUGUCGUUUGGUCAGAUUUUAUUUUUCUUCAUCACUUGCAAAGGAUUAUGACGUCGAAACAGACAUAAUGAUAUAUCCAUAUUCUGAUCAUGAUCUUGUUCGCGCCUUGUUAACGGUAGACAAAACUAGUCGUAAUGUGGUCCCGGUGUGUGGAAGUUAAAUGUCUCAUUAUUAAAAGUGCAAGAAGUUCGUGAGCAAAUUGCUUCAUUUUGGGACCAUUGGAACGAUCGGAAACGUGAUUUUGGUAAUGUAUCUGAAUGGUGGGACUCUGGCAAGUUAAGAGUUAAAUCUCUUCUUCUCAAGUAUAGUCAAAAAGAAUCUCGAAAGCGAAAGCAAGAACGUGCGACCGUACUUAAUCGAUAUCGUCGUAUUGUGUGUAAAACAAACUCAUCGGAGGAUGAAGUUAAAGAACUAGACCUAGUUAAGUCCCAAUUGGAAACUAUGGAUUUAAAGCGUAUCCAAGGAAACAAGAUCCGAAGUGGGGCAAAAUGGCUCGAAUCAAACGAACAGCCAUCGCGCUUUUUCUUCCAAAAGGAGAAAAGAAGAGCGGUUACGAAAACGUGUAAUGCUCUACGCACGAGUGAUGGGCGAAGAGUGACUGAGCAGGAUGAUAUCUCAAAGGAACAGGUUCGAUUCUAUAAGGAACUUUAUUCGAAAGUGCCGACAGACAAAGUUGCCCAAGAUCGAUUUUUAAACUUGCUUGACAGGAAACUAACAGAUGAGCAACGUGAUUCAUGCGAGGAACAGAUAACGGAGGAUGAAUGUUUGGUUGCUGUAAAGUCCAUGGCAUAUGGUAAAACACCGGGUUCAGACGGUUUACCAAAAGAAUUUUACCUUACCUUUUGGGACCUGCUUAAAGAAGACUUUGUUCAAAUGGCAAAUUAUUGCUUUUCAGUUGAAACUGAUGCCUGA